ACUGUAAGCCAAAGGCAGUUUAAUGUAUUCUGUGUUCAGGUAUUUGCUUGACACUCUAUUUGAAACUUAUUUCCUGAGCUAUGGCAGUAUAAAAAGCUUUCCAGCAAUGUUUUGGGAAUAUCUGGACACGGCUCGACGACUUGGAAAUUCAGCGGGCUCUACGAGCGAGUGAGAGACAUGGACAACUCUGUCACCCUGUGGCAGUUCCUUCUCCAGCUCCUUUUGGAUUCCAGUAAUGAGCAGCUCAUCUGCUGGACCAAUGAGGAAGGGGAGUUCAAGCUGCUGCAGGCAGAGGAGGUGGCUCGGUUAUGGGGGGCUCGUAAGAACAAGCCCAAUAUGAACUAUGACAAACUCAGCAGGGCCCUCAGAUACUACUACGACAAGAACAUCAUAAAGAAGGUAAAUGGUCAGAAGUUUGUCUAUCGCUUUGUGUCGUAUCCUGACAUCCUGAAAGGAGAUGUUGCUACCCGAACAGAGGGCGGGGAUAUAGGUGCUGGGAGCAUUCCUCCCCUUACAAGAAGGGACAGCACCCUACAAGAGAGUGAGUCUGGUGACAGAGCCAAGGUAGGAGGUAGUACAGUGGCUCUGGGCUCAAGCACCAAGCAGUCAAGCCGCAACGACUACAUUCACUCUGGCCUGUACACCUCCUUCACACUCAACUCGCUGCAAAAUGGACGCCAGCUCUUCAAGUCCAUCAAAAUAGAGAACCCAGCAGAAAAGAUGGCUGACAAGAGGGGUCUCACUGCCACAGGCCAGAGCCAGGAAGCAUUGCCUCAGUCACAGCCAACUGCUUUGCCAUCCGUCAUCAAGUUUGGAAACACCCCUCCAAAGCCAGCACCAGCACCGCCUCCUCAGGUUGUCAUAGAGCCGACCCUGAUGUCCAGCCAUUUAGAUCCUCUGCAAGCUCUGCCCCCGAGGGGUGACGACAUCAGCACACACUCCUCCCUGCCACCCCAGUCCGUCUAUUCAUUUGAACACAUCCGCCCAUCAGAACAAACGUUCAGCUUACCGGACCUGACGUCGGCCAGCCCAUCGCCAAGCUUAGUGCCUGACUCCUCUCAGGAGCUGGUGAUUGACAGCGACAUUGACUCUGGAUCAUCUCAGCCUGCAGACGCUCAGCCACCAGAGCCCACAGACGCUCAGACACAGGAGAAGGUGGACAAUGGCAUCGGUCUGUCUGGAGAUGAGAUCAGUUUGGUGGACGCUGAAACCAGUUCAUCCUCAGUGAGCAGCUGCACCACAGUCAGCACUCAGAGCUCAGGAAAGACACGCAAGCCACCGAAAAUCCUGCAGAUCAGCCCGCCAACUCUGCUGGUCACCACCUCUGACUUCUCCCCCAUGAACCUGUGCAGCCCCUCACUACCUACUGCCUCUCUCACACCAGCAAUGCUACAGACUCCCACUCUGUUGCUGACUCCCAGUCCUCUGCUGUCCAACAUCCACUUCUGGAGCACGCUCAGUCCGGUCGCUCCACUCAGCCCAGCCACACGCCGCCAGGGAGCCCAUCUGUUCCAAUUUCCGUCGGUCCUCACCCCCCAGUUCCAGAUCCCUGUACACAGUAUGGAUGGGACCAACACACCAGGCCCCAUUUCCCCAGAUCCUCAAAAGACAUAGGAUUAAUCACCCCAUUUGGACCCAGACAGCCAGACCCCCACCCUUCCACCCCUCCACCUCCAUCUCCUGCUCCCACAUCCAGGACAGUAAUGUGGAAGCUCAGUCAUUCCCCUUUCCCAUCACUCUGGUGCUUUAAAUUUCGCUGCCACAUUAUUCACACUACAAUGUGCUGUGUGGAGGGAGGACCUGGAGAGAUGUUGGCAGUACAGGUUUGAUGGAUGAGGGUAACAUGUUCAUGUUCAUUUCAUAGAAUUUAAACCCCGAAGAUACUCUUCUGCACUUAUAUGCAGUGAUGCCGUCGUUCUGUUUGCACUUAUGGAUUCAUUUUGUCUGGCUUUUUGGGAUCCUCAGUCACAAUUCAAAGGAGGAAGGGAUUUCCAUGGCAACAGUGUGCAUGUGGAUUGGACCCUCAGCAGCCACAAUCUGCUUCAUGUUUGGACACACAGACUAGUGAGAUUGCAGAUAUCUGAAUCUUUCCUUUUCCUUAUCUUGUGCAACUGUGUUACUGCCAAAAAAAUACGUUUUCAUUUUCUGUCCUCAGUUCCUAUCCAGUUUUCUCCGCUGCCGACACUGAUUCUGUUUUUUUGUUUUUGCUCCGUUUGUAACUUUAAGGGAAGCGCUUUAACCUGACAACCAUGCAUGUUUAACUGUGACUCUUUUAUCUUCUACCAUGCUCUCAGCCUGAACUUAGAUGUCAAGCCUUGCCUCAGCUGCUCUGAAAUGUUGGCUAACUAAAGAACAUAUCCAACAGGACUUUUACCUUGACUGUCUUAUCGUGAUGUGGCCAUAAUCCGAGCUGAACCUUGAAUUACGCCUCUAUGUAACUUUUGUAAUUUUUGUGUGUGUGUGUGUGUGUGUGUGUGUGUGUAUAUAUAUAUAUAUAUAUA